CAAUGAUCGUUUGACAAAUUAAGAUUUCCUUUUUUUGUUGUGUAAUGAAAAGAUUUUUGUUUCAUAACUUAAUCUACAAAAAUGAUGACCUGUGUUACCAACUUAAAUUCAACAAAAGAUAUAAAAGCGUGCAAAAUACUUGUCAAAAAAAAAGCCUAAAGUAAAGAAUAAUACACCUUUAAAUUAUUAUUCAUUUUCUUUUUAUGAUUAACAUGAUUUCAAACAACCAAAAUACACAAGAUUAUUAUAAUUUACCAAUUGAUCAAAUUGGAAAUAAUAACGAAAAUAUCCAACAUACUUUAAUCAACAAUGUUGGAGUAUCUAAUACGAAUUUAAAUACCUUGCACAGUGUGCCUCAUAAUAAUAAUAAAUUUGAGUUUUAUUUUAAUUUACCAAAUGAUACUCGUAUUUAUCGUGUUACUUAUUCUUAUUCUGAAUUAAGUCCGUUAGAAAAUGUUCAACUCUUGAAUAAUGGAAUUAAUCUAUCUCAUAUCCCUGAUUACCUUUUUCCACAUCAUUAUAAUAUACAACCUCGAAUUCAACAACAUAUUCAGCAACAAGUUCAACAUCCUAAUGUUUAUCAACAAAAUGAUAUUCAACAACAAUCCUUCGAAACUACCCAACCUACUUCCCAAGAAUAUUCAAAUAAUGACGCAGCAGUUGAUGGAACUGUUUCUUAUGAUAUGCAAGAUAUGGAAGUUACAGGAUUCCAAAAUUCUCACUAAGGACUAAGAAACAUCAUUAUAUUUAAUUGUUUUGGUAAAAUAGAGUUAAUUUGUUUAUUAUCUUUUUAUUUACUUUUAAAUUUCAACAAUUAAAGUUAA